UUUUUCUGUUAAGCCACUGAUAAUAGCAGCUAAUGAAAUCUCUCCAUCUCUCUCUGGUUAAGGUAAACCGAUGUGUUUAUACCUAUACAAUCCAGCAUACCAAUUAUGUUAAACACUGCUUUUUAAUUAGUCCUUUUUUUAAACAUCAGUUGUUGGGAUGCUCGUUGGUCCCCUAAACUUGUGUUUUUUUCUCUUGAUGCUGAAUUCAGAGUCUGUGCUCGCUUUAUGUGAGGUGAGAGUGAGGAUACUUAAUUUUGGAUGCCAUCUUGACUGGGAGUGCCCUGAUGCCAACCCUGACACAACUUACACGGUCCAGAGCAGGACAAGUGGCAAACCAUGGAAAAAUGUUUCCGACUGCAUCCAGAUCUCCAGGAAGAGCUGCAAUCUGUCACACGUUACAAACAUAAACGUCUACAACUACAUUAAACUGAGCUCAGAGGAGCAGUUGGGCAUCAUCAAUGAAACAUACUGUAACCCAAUGAAUGACGAGGCUCCAACAUUCAGUCCUCCAUCCGUCACCAUUUCAAUGGAGAACCAAAGCCUCUGGGUGACUGUAUAUUUUCCUUGUGCUCCUUCCACAAGCUGCAAUAACAGGAAAGAAACACAUUGCCCCUGCUCCAUAUCUGACCAUACAGUUCUCUCAGUUACAGUCAUACUGUACAACAAAAAUAAUCCCUCAGACACACAGAUACGCUCAGUUGGAAAUGUGGAGGAAAUUUCUAUCCGGGAGGAAUUUGGGUUCAUCAUAUCAGGGAACGUGUACUGCGCCGUUGCCAACUUCACAUCUGAAGGCCCUCCUGUCAGUGAGCCUUCACCCCCCAGCCCUCCGCAGUGCAUUUACAUACCAGCAAAGAUUGAAAGCCUCAUUGUUAUGGUUGUAUGCGCUGUUAUCGUCGCUCUCGUCCUAGCGUGUUUUUUGCUCUGGAGACUGUGUGGGUCUUCUGAACGCCCUCUGCCCAAAUCAUUGGCAUCGCUUUAUGACCAGGAAAUACAAAAUGCGACAUUUAUUGACUCCAGCAAGGCUGCACCUGACCGCGAGAGCUCUGAGGGUGACAAGAUUUCCAUUGUAUCCCUUUAUGAGUUUACACUCAUUGACAACCAGUCAUACUACCACAGCUCUCAAAGUCUGGGCAAGGGGUAUUACAAAAGCCCCAUGCUGCAGGAUCCAAACUACAUUGAGGAUUCCGCAGGGGUCUUGGCCGUGGAGUCCGAAGGCUUGGAAAUCGAUGAAGCCGAUUGUUUUGAACUUCUGUGGACAUCAAAUGUGAUGCAGGAGAGAGGGGAAAGAUAUCCAUAUCUAAGUGAGACCCCGAACAUCCCUUUGAGCUCAGUGCGAGUGAAAUGCGCUGAACGGGAAGAAACGACUGCUGGUCCAGAACUGUGUGGAGAUGUUACUGGCCACGUGUAUGAGGAAACGUGUAGGAGCAUAAACCUGUGUGUAUAGAGGAGUGUAUUUGCUCUUUACGUUGGGUUAGCAGUGCAUAAGGUCAUGGGUUCGAACUUAGGAAACACAUGCUGAUACGUUACAUUUAUACCUAGCUCUUAUGUAAAUGUAAUGCACUAUAAAUCGCUUUGAAUAAAAGCAUUUUCUAAAUGCGUAAAUAUAAACCUAUGAUCAUUCUUGAAUAGUAUACUGGUAAGAGCUGAUAUAGUGGCCUGCACUGGUAACCAGUACGUUUAUUUUUUUUAUCAUGGUUACAAAACCAAUAACCUCAAAAUUUUAAUUAUUUUACCAGACCUUAGAAUUUAUUCAAAGUGCGUGUGUCACGUUUCUGGUGAAAUGCCACCCAUAGCUGUCAUUAAUGCUACACUCCAGAUUUCAUGCGCUAGUGUUUUGGAUACCCCCUACGGUUAGUGACUCAGAUCAGCAGAGCACUAUAAAUCCUUAUUCUGUUUUAAGGAUUCAUUUUUUGGGGGUUAUUUUGUGUUCGGUAUGGUCUCCGUGUGGUUCAUUGUUAUUUUUUCGUCUCUGACUCAGUUGCCCCAUUCUAACUAUUAUUAUUUUCUGCGGUGCGUGUCUCACAGUUAAUCAUGUUAAGGUGCACGAUUUCUGCUGAUGUUGCUAAAUAAACUGGAACCGUUGUGGAAACGCUCCCAAAAAAGCAAAUAUUAUUGGAAAAUGUGUUUUAGUACGCAUGUUCAAUUUUACAUGAUUAUUUUCCAAUCUUGUGUGUACUGUAUAUCCAGAUGACGUCAAUGUACAGCUUAGUUUGUGCGGUCAAGUUUGGUGGUAUAACAGGAAAUUUGUUAAUAAAUGCUGUUUAAAAAGGGGAAAUUUGUUUUGUGACUUGUUGACUUUCCUAAACCAAAACUUUUGCCACCUCCAGACUGAUUAAGCUCAAAUAUUCAAUGCCAUUACCGUUAAUAUUUGACUUGCAUUAAAUGUCAAGUUUCUGGUUGACCAAAUGUAGCAGAGUGGAAAAUAAGUCUGCAUGGGUUACGAUCCGCUUUAACAAACCACAGCCCACAAUACUGAAAAACAACAUGUGCACUCAAAUGUACACCUAUCAACCAGUUCUGCCAGGCAUCGAGCGUGGUCUAAAAAAAGCCUUGCUUGUGUUUUAGUAUUUUUUUUAUUAAAUUUUUUGGUAACGCUUUACAAUAAGAAGGAAUUAGAUA